CUGCCAUCUCAACCAAGUGGUAGGCGUAGGCGUAGCUUUCCAUUUCCACAGGACUACCACCUGGCUUCGGCUCCCCAAUUUCCGCUCCCCUCUGAAAAUUGUUUUUACAACCGCCAACAAUGAGGAGGAUCAACAACAACGAAAAUUCGGAGAGAGCGACGGAGGUCGCCAUUUCUCUCGCUUCUCAACAUCACCUUUAGAGGAGAGCGCGCGAAAGCUCGUUUCCACAUUCCAAGGCAAUCUCUCUAUCUGGUGGAGCAAUCUGUUAUAGAUUUCACAAAGGAUGUCAAUUAGCUUCAAGUAUUGGGAUGAUUGUGUUGAUCCAAAUGACUUGGAGGCAAUGUGGAGAGAACCAGCGGUCAGCACAGAAUGGCUGGACGCAGGUGAAACUAGAGGUCAGAAGGUUCAUAUUUCGCGGGAUCCUGAUGGCGAGCCCUAUUUAACACAGACCGAGAUGAAGGCAGUAGCUGAUAUAAUUGUCCGCAGACACUUUGAUUUACAGAUAUCUCCGGACAUGAUAUGUGCUAUUGCUGAACUUGCUAGUGACAGGCAACUCCUUGCUAGGCAAUAUCAAAAGAAAACUAAGGAGAUCACCGUAGGAAUCAUGCAAAUUUUACCAAAAACUGCACAGUGGUUGGAGAGGUAAGCAACUACAGUGAUGUUUCAUAGUCUCUCUUUCAGAACAGAGCAACAUAUCUGAUUGAUUAAGAAUGCUUUAAUCUUAACCUUUUGGCUCCCUGAAGUAAUAACUGCUACCUGCUCAUAGAGAUUUUGGCUACCGGACUUACGGAGUUGGAGAAAACCCAGACGUCCUUUAUAAGCCUUUCGUUAGUGUAUACUUUGGUGCUGCAUACCUUAAAUGGCUAUCCAACUUCGAGCACAAAGAAAGAAGUGAAGAGUUUGUUGUUAGGGCAUAUCACGGUGGCACGAAAAAGGCAACACAUAAAUCGACUUUGCAACAUUGGAAGCGGUACCUCUCGGUGAAAGAAAGUCUGCCUUCCAGAAGAUUUUCAAAUGAAGGGAUCUCAGGAAGUGCUGAUUGUACUUCCCCUAGGCCAUCAGCAUCUGCUGCACAUGUAGCUUCACCUUCUUCACACGGCUCGGGCGGUGAUCAUUUGUACUGGGACUCUAGAGCUUCUCCUGAAGAUAUGUCAGAGAUGUGGAAUCAGCCUGAUGUUGCUAGGGAAUGGUCAAAAUCAGGGGAAAGGCGUGGGAAAGUGCGGUUUUCGCAGGAUAAGGAGAAGAGACCCUACUUGUCCCGAGUAGAAAUUAAGGCUGUCGCAAGCAUAAUUCUCUCGAAGCAUUUCAGUACAAGGGGGGUUAGGCCAUCGGUCCUUUGCGCCCUUGCUGAGAUGGUUAGCAUGCGUUUUCUGAAUGGGAUUGGACAUCGAACUGGAAUAAUGGGCAUUGAUUACUCUACAGCCUUUUGGCUUUACACGGAGUUGGGGUAUCGGGCAUACAGAGUUGAUUCAGUCGACGACAUGACAAAGCCAUUUCUGUCAAUGUACUUUGGCGCAGCUUAUAUGGCAUGGCUGUCAGAAUAUGAGCGAAGGGAAAGAACUCCGCAGUUCGUCGUGCAAGCAUAUCUUGCAGGGCCACAGAACGUGCGUCUUCAAGAGACGGGACCUCUUUGGCUUAAAUUUGAGCAAGCAUUGGGGAACUACGAGGACAUGAAGAGGGAUACCACCAGCUGCAACAUCUUGUAAGCUCACCAAUGGCUCGGGAGUUGGAUGAUCCUCACUCGAGGAGUUUGUAGUUUGAGGUUGAAUGUUGUAAUUGUUUUAUUUUUUCAUUAUGCCAUUGCUUUUGUAUCAUUCUCUUUCGUCUUGAUGAGUUGAAGUAAUCAUUUCCGAAAGUUGUGAAGGGAAUGGUAUUUGCUAUUGAGAAUGAUCCCUCUACUCAAACAUGGAGAGCUAGAGAUGCAGUCUGAACUCCGCAAUCAGCAGCUGCAGCUGGCUGCCUGUUACAUGUGAAAAGUUUAUUUCCGCUAUAACUUACAUAAGGAUCUCAUCUGUCAGGUUUUCAGGAUACCUAGUCUAAAUCUGCAAUCCAGAGAAGGCAAAGCAUAGUACACAACAUAGGAAAUUGGUCAGUAGUUAUCUUAUCCCAGGCUGCGAUGGGGCUUGGUUUUGCCACAGCCCAUAACGGAGGAAGGUAGACGCCCAACCAUUCCGAUCCCUUCUUCAAACACCACUGCCAUUCCCAUGAAGAAAUGAGACUCAAUGUGGCAAUGGAAGAACCACGCUCCUGGGUUGUCAGCUCGAAACCUGAUAGCUGUCCAUCCGUAGGGAUGCAGGGGCACCGUAUUCUUCAUGAUCGGGUCCACGAGAUUGUAGUAUUGAGGAUCCCGAUUCGAAUCAUACGUCCCUUCCCCAUACCCCAGAACCCAGAAAUCAUGCCCGUGGAGAUGCCAGGGGUGCGAUUCACUAUUGUUUGGAGUCAUCGUGUUGGCGUUCUGAUCCGGUGGCUGCUCUGCAUCGAAAACUCCCUUCAAGUUUUUCUUGAGCGCGACCAGAUAAGGAGUGGAGGGAAGGGCGAGGGAUAGGUUGUUUAACGACCAUUUAAAUUGGCCGUUGAUCUUGUUUUGGGUAUUGAGCAGCUCGAUGACCCGAUCCGGUUUUUGAGGCGGACUCUCGAAGUAGCCUUUCCGGGCCUUAAUGGCCCGACUUUGAGACAAACGCGAUGCGGUGUCGUUCCACUGAGGCCCCGCUGGCGGGGAAGUGCGAGGAUUCCGGCGCGGGUGGUUCGGAUAGUAGUUGAAGAUCGCCAAACCGUUUGGCGUCGCGGGUUUCCGGGCAACGACGCUGGUCGUGAGCCAGUAAUUCCUCGUCGGCGG